GCAGCGGCGCCGCGCAGCCCCCAUUGGCCGGCGGGCGGUGGCGGGGGCGGGCCCAGGCCUGCGAUUGGUCGGCGGCGGGGCCGAGAGCGGCGGCGGCGGCUGGCUCGGCGGCGCCAUGGAGGCGGCCGGAGCUGUGACCCGGGUGGCCGCAUGGCGGCGGGAGCGGCGGCCGGGCCGGCGGCGGCCGCGGAGAAGGUGGGCGAGAGGCCGGGCGGGCAAAACCGGAGGCCCCAGCCCCGCGGCGGGCCGUCGGGCCGGAGUCGAAUCGAGGAGGAGCAAGAAGAGGCAGUCUUCCGUCAGGUGGUCAGUUUUAGCCCGGAGCCUUUGCCAGGUAGAUAUUAUGACAAGGACACCACCAAGCCCAUCAGCUUUUACUUGUCUUCCCUGGAGGAGCUCUUGGCAUGGACGCCCAAUGUGGAGGACGGCUUCAACGUGGCCUUGCAGCCCUCCGAGUGUCGCCAGCCCCCUCUGAGCAGCCGCAGGCCCCGGACAUUGUUGUGCCAUGACAUGAUGGGCGGGUACCUGGAUGACAAGUUUAUUCAGGGCACGGCAGUGCACAAUCCUUACUCCUUCUACCACUGGCAGUACAUUGACAUCUUUGUGUACUUCAGCCAUCACACCGUCACCAUCCCCCCGGUGGGCUGGACCAAUGCCGCCCACAGGCACGGAGUCUGUGUGCUGGGGACUUUCAUCACCGAGUGGAUAGCAGGUGGGCAGCUCUGUGAAGCCUUCCUGGCCGGGGACGAGCACUCCUACCAGGUGGUGGCUGACCAGCUGGUCUCGCUUGCCCGGUUUUUCCGAUUUGAUGGCUGGCUGAUCAACAUUGAGAACUCGCUGAGUCUGGCCGCAGUGGGGAACAUGCCCCGUUUCCUCCGGUACCUGACCACUCAGCUACACCAGCAUGUUCCGAGGGGCUUGGUUCUCUGGUAUGACAGCGUGGUGAGCAGCGGGCAGCUCAAAUGGCAGAAUGAACUGAACGAGCACAACAGGGUUUUCUUCGAUUCCUGUGACGGCUUCUUCACCAACUACAACUGGCGGGAGGAGCAUCUGGAGCGGAUGCUGGCGCUGGCCGGGGGGCGCCUGGCCGAUGUGUACGUGGGCGUCGACGUGUUCGCCCGGGGGAACGUCUUAGGGGGUCGAUUUGACACGGACAAGUCCCUGGAGCUGAUCCGGAAGCAUGGGUUCUCGGCGGCUCUCUUUGCUCCUGGCUGGGUGUACGAGUGUCUGGAGAAGAAGGAUUUCUUCCAGAACCAGGACAAGUUCUGGAGUUUGCUGGAACGCUAUCUGCCCACGCACAGCAUCUGUUCCUUGCCCUUUGUCACCUCUUUCUGCCUGGGCAUGGGGACUCGGAGAGUCUGCUAUGGCCAGGAGGAGGCGGUGGGGCCCUGGUACCACCCCAGCGCCCAGGAAAUCCAGCCCCUCUUUGGAGAGCACAGGCUGGAAGGGGCCAGACGGGGCUGGGUGAAGACCCACUGUUGCCUGGCGGAUGCCUGGAACGGGGGCAGCUCCCUGCUCAUCCGGGGGGCGAUUCCACGUGAGGUUGGAGAUGUGGCUGUGAGGUUAUUCUCCCUGCAGGUCCCUGUGCCGCCCAGAAUCUUCCUGUCCAUGGUGUACAAGCUCGAAGGGCCUUCGGAUGUCGGGGUGGCCCUGGAGCUCACCACAGGGAGUGUGGGCAGCUGUCACAUCGGUGGCAUCUCAGCCUUGAACGCAGAAACAAGCUCACGGUACAGCCCCCGGCCCCUCCGGGUGCCCCCUGCCAAGCUGGCUAGAUGGGUGGGCCACUGCGGCCAGCAGCUCCGCGGGGGCUGGAUCCAGCGCUGCUACGAGGUGAGCCUGCGCGGCUGCCUCCUGCAGGACCUCUUUGUUCGUUUCUCACGGCUUCCGGGCAGCCAGGAGGAGGACUUCGUCUGUCGCCUUGGAGAAAUCCAGGUGGUGGACGCCGGCAGCCUGCUGAAGCCUCUGCCGCGGGUGCAGGCGGUCACUGUCUCCCACUUGCGCUGGCAGCAGGCUGCCUCUGAGGGCGAGGGCCACCCUGCCGGCCUCCAGCUCAGCUGUACUCUGCACUGGUCCUACCUGCUCUCCCACGUCCGAUGCUUCCGGGUCCACUGCUGCAGAGGGACAGCCGGCUGCUCUGCUGGCGGGGGGCCGCCGGGGCCCGAGAAGCCCACGCUCCUGGGCCUGGCUUUUGUCAACCAGUAUCGGAUAGUGGACCUGGCAGUGGCAGCCAUAGGGCCCGGCCAGGAUGGCCGUGUGGAGUUCCUCGUGGAGCCUGUCCCCAAGGAGGGGUUUCUGGUGCCGCAGGCCGAGUGGGGCAGGGCGGCCAUGCUCUACUCCAUGCCUGCCUCGUGACUGGACAUUAAAGCCCGUCUUCCCACCUCAA